CGCAGUACGCUCGGCUCACCGCGACGCUCGGCGUCGCGGUCGCGUCGCGGAGAGCGCGGACGUCGGCGCGGAACGCCGAGGGGCGAGCGCGCGAGCACGCAGGCGCCCGCGUGGUUGGCGGCAAAGCGGAACCGCGUCGCGACGCCCGGCGCGCGUUUACUCCUCAGUUGACGUAGCCGCGUCGCCGACGUAGCAACAUGCUCCCCGUUCUCGCGAUCCCGGUGUUCUGCGUCGCGACAUGGGUAUCCGCGCUGAACGAUCCGUCAUCAGAUUUACCCAGAUUUGGCCAACCGUUGAGCAACCUCACAGUCUCGGUGGGUCGCGAAGCCGUUUUCACCUGUACCGUCGAGGGUCUCGGACCAUACAAGGUAGCGUGGCUACGAGUCGAUACGCAGACGAUUCUGACGAUAGCAAGUCACGUUAUUACGAAGAAUCAUCGGAUCGCUGUGACACAUAUUGGCCAUCGUUUGUGGUCUUUGCACAUAAAAGACACACGCCAGACCGACAGCGGUUGGUACAUGUGCCAGGUUAAUACUGACCCGAUGUCCAGCAUCACUGGAUUUCUCGAAGUCGUUGUGCCGCCGGACAUCCUGGACUAUCCCACCAGCACGGACAUGGUGGUGCGGGAGGGUAGCAACGUGACGCUACGGUGCGCGGCGACAGGAACACCGCAGCCGACGGUCACAUGGCGUCGUGAGGCGGGCGGCACGAUCAGCUUGUCGAAUUGGCAGGCCGGGAGUAUCGUGGGCCCGGAGCUGGAAAUAACACGAAUCACGCGUCUCCAUAUGGGACCGUAUCUCUGCAUAGCGUCCAACGGGGUGCCACCAACAGUCAGCAAGCGGAUCCUCCUCACUGUUCACUUUCAGCCAAUGGUGUGGAUCGAGAAUCAGCUAGUGGGUGCUUACGAGGGGCAAACUCUUACGUUAGAAUGUCGUAGCGAAGCUCAUCCUAGUCCUAUCACUUACUGGACGAGGCCAUCGAACGAAACCAUCGCGAAUGACGAGAACUAUAAGGUCGAGACAAUUCCUAAAGGAUUAUACGAAAUGACGAUGAAGCUCGUCAUAAAGUCCAUACGAGCGCAGGAUUUCGGAUCCUUUCGGUGCGUGGCGACCAACUCCCUCGGGGAGACCGACGGCAAGAUAAAACUUUACAGGAUCGAUAAACCGCCAACAACGCGCAGACCAGGCACGAGGCGGGAGUCAAAGAAGACGUGGAAGAUCGAUCACAACCACGAGAAGGCCGUCGGUAUGAAAGACGAGCCGAUGCUAAAGGGCGACGAUAUUGGUGACGAGCAGAUCGAUUUUCAAUCGGCGACGGCCUCGUCGUCGUUUCAUCGUCACUUACUUACGAAUCUCGGGAUAACUGCCAUGACUGUGAUACUAGCCGGUGGCUUAUCCACGUAGGCCAUCAUUGUGCAUCUAGAAACUAUUACGAUUAACGCAAGACGUUCUCCGGAUACGAGACCAGGUCAUGGUACGCUGGCGAACGUUACAACGAAGGAAUGUUGAUAAGAAUGAUGCUGCGUAGGUUCGCUGCUCUCCGUAAAAGAUCUCUUCCUGUUGUACAUGAAAUUUGCGUAGAGCGAAGGGUCGUUUUUACAUGGGGUCUCCGGAGUACCCGGCUGAUCGGGCCAGAGUGACCAGGGUACUUCGCGAGAAGCGUAAUUAACACAUUGCAAGCCGAACUAAUAGACUUUCCUCCCUAAAGACGUAGAAAGCCACCAAUCUAUUAACCCCUUUGCGCCAUAGUAGCUGGCUUUUACCGUUUCCAUUCCAAGCGGUAACUCUGUUGACCUCGCCAUCACGUGAAAAAGAAAAUCUGUAGUUCCAGUAGGGACGGACAUACAUAUUAUUUGCGAUAAUAUUUUUGGAUUUGUUAAUAACACAAAUGCCGACAAAAAAAAUUAUAUUUCUAUUCACUCACUAAAUUAUACUUUAUGCAAAUACAUUUUCUAUUUUUACAUUUAUCACAAUUUAAGCGUCUAUUUUAAUUUGUCGAAAAUUGCAUUUAGUAAAAUACUAUUUGUUUUACAAACACACGUAAAUAAUGGCAUUGCUGCGAAUAUAUGUUGUCAUCAUUUUUGCAUUUCAAAAUGUUAACUAACAAGUGUAUAUAGCUUGCAAUAUGCUAAUAAUAUCUAAAUGUACAAGGGCGUAAAGAAUGGAAAGUGAAUGUAUUAUAUUGCAUUACAUGUAGUUGGAUUUUAAAUAAUUUUAAAUGUAAAAAGUCGUUGUCUGUUGUUUACUAAAAUUUGCAGUCAUCUUUUUUGCCUGAUUUUAAAGAAUAUAUAUACGCAGAAAUUUUAAUUUCAUUUCCUUCU